AUGGCGGACGCGACGCUGCUGGGCCCGCCGAGGCCCCGGCGGGGGGGCUCCCCCCUGCAGCUCGGGGUCGGUGGCGUGCACAGCGCGGCGCAGGACUCCGCCGCCGCGGCGGGCGCCGGGCUGCCGUGGCCCACGCGGCCGGAGCUGGAGCGCGAGGACCACGUGGCCGAGCUGAGCGCGCUGAGGGGCGACGUCCGCGCUCAGCAGGUGAUGCUCGCACAGAUCGCAGAGCAGCUGCUGGGGGGCACCAUUCAGGCUUCGAUGGAUGCCCUCCGCAAAGACGUCGAGGCCGCCCGGGGCCAGCUGGCGGUGCAGCAGCAGCAGCAGGAGGUGCAGGCAGCCGCCCUGCGCGAGGGGCUGAUGGACAUCCAGCAGCAGAGGGUGACCUUGGAGCAGCAGCGCGCGGCCUUCUGGGAGCUCGCGGAGCGGCAGAGGGAGGCCCUGGAGCAGCAGCGCGCGGCCCUCUCGGAGCUCUCCGAGCGCGGCAGCGCGGAGCGCUCCGCGGCGGAGCUCGCAGGGGCGCAGCUCGCGGGGGCGGAGCUGCGCGGCCAGGUGGCCGAGCUGCGGGAGGCCCUCGGCGAGGCGCGAGCGUGGUUCGCGGGGCAGCUGGAGAUCGUUGUGCGAGACGUGGACGCCAUUCGUUCGGAGGAUGAGCGCUGCGCAGACCGGCGGCAGGCCGGGGCCGCCGCCGCCGAGGAGCUCGCACGGGAGGCCGUGGAGCUCAGGAAGCUGGUCGCAGUGGGCGCCGACGCGGCGGAGGCGUGCGAGAGCAGAGCGAUCGCCUCGCACGCCAGGCUGGCGGAGGAGAUCGCAGAGCUGCGCGACGCCGUCGCGGCGGGCGUGCGCGCAGCGGAGGCGCAGAAGGACAGGGCGCUGUCGCUCCAGGCCAAGCUGGCGGAGGAGCUCGCGACGGUCGUACAGCACAGCGAGCAGCAGUGCGUCGAGCUCGUCGGCACCAUCGAGGCGGAGCGCAGGGCGAGGCGGGCGCAGGGCGACGAGCUGCGCGUCGCGAUCGAGGAGGUGGCGAGGCGCGUGGACGAUGCCUGCGCGCUGCCCGCCUUCGGCACAGGGCCGCCCCGCACAGAGCCGCGGGGCACGGCCCUGCCCGGUCUGGAGCCCGCGUCGCCGCGGGCGCGGGGGGCGGACGAACCACAUACGCAGGCGCGGCGGGCGGACACGCCCCCGACGCUGGCGGAGGCGCCGGAGGCGCUCGCGAGCGCCCCGUGGGCCUGCGGCGCGCCGCCGCGCGAGGCGCCGCCGCCCUGCGCGGAGGCGCCCGCCGCCCUGCGCGGAGGCGCCGCGCCCGGCCCGGACGCCGCCGGGCCGGACGCCGCCGAGGCGGCCGAGCCGCCGGCCAGCAGCGCCGCGCCGGAGCGGCGGCCCGCGCGCGGCGGCUGCAUGCACUCCGUGCCCGCGGCGCUGCACGGCCUGACGGAGCCGCCCCGCGGCGCCGAGAGGCGCCGGGCGCUGGUCGUGGCGUGCAGCUACUUCGCGUCGCGGGCCCCGCUGCACGGGGCGCUGAACGACGCGUGGAACGCGCUGAGCCUCCUCAGACACACGCUGCGGUACGCCGAGGACCAGGUGCGACUCGUCGCGGACGGGUCCGAGCACUGCCGCAUGCCGCUCGACCGCCAGCCCACCCGGGCGAAUAUCCUGGACGGCCUGCAGUGGCUGGUGCGGGACGCCCGGCCCGGUGACGAGCUCUUCUUCUACUUCUGCGGCUACGGGGCCCAGCUGCCCCAGGCGCACGGCUCCGACCUGCACGAGGCGCACCUCGUCCCCGCCGACUUCGCCGACGACCUGCCCGCGGACCUCGCCGCCGACCUGAUCGGUGGGGACGCCCCGGCCCGGGAGGCGGCGCUGGCGUCGGCUGGGCCCCACGUGGCCUACCGGCUGGUGCCGUUGGCGGAGCUGAGCCGGGCGCUCGGCGCACUGCCCGCCUCCUGCAGGGCCACGCUGGUGCUGGACUGCUGCCACUCCGUCGUGCCGGGGGUCGGGAUCCCGGGCAAGUCGGCCCCCGCGUGCUUCCCGCGCGUGCCCUGCGGCCCGCCAGCUUCGCCGGCGGCGGCGACGGGGCGGGCGCCUCCGACGCGCGCUUCGCGCCCCGGCCGCGCUGCCUGCACCUGCCGCCGCUGCCGGGGCAGACGCGCGUCGCGCGGCCCGGCGUGCGCGUGA